GGGACGGAGGGAGGUGAGCCCGCAGCUGCCUUGUUCCGCGGCACGCUCCGUUAACGGCCCGGGUUCGGAGCGGGGAGCGGCCGCAGCCCCACCACGCCUCCGCGGCAGCCUGAGGCCGAGGCUGCUAUAGUAACGCGGAGGACGCCGGCGAUGAGCGGAGCCAGAGGGACGGAUCCUGGCCAUGCCCUUCACCGAGCGCGCCUACUAUCCGCUGGCGGCGGGGGGUGCCGGGGCCGGCACGGGGUCUGUGCCGUUUCCCGCCUUCCAGUUCCGUGACCGCCAUGAGGGCCCGGACUGGCGGCGGCUGAGCGCCGUGGACGUGUGGCGGCUGUCGCGGGACGGGGACGUGACGGCCCUGCAGGAGCACCUGGAGCACGUCACCUUUUGCAGCGCCGAGCGGGAGCGCUGCCCGCACUGCCAGGGCCCCGCCGACCCGCUGCUGCUGAAGCUGCUGCGCCUGGCCCAGCUCUGCACCGAGUACCUGCUGCACUCCCAGGAGUACCUUAGCGCCCAGCUCGGCACCCUGGAGGAGGCCCUGCGAGGCGCCCUGGCCCAGCGCGACCAGCUGGACAAGGAAAUAACACAGCGCUCACAGGAGAUCAAGGUGCUAAAGGAGGAGUGCCGGCGGAGGAAGAAGAUGAUCAUCACCCAGCAGACGAUGCUGGAGGCUCGAGCCAGCUACCACCAGUGUCAGUUUUGUGAAAAGGCUUUUAUGAACUAUUCCUUUUUACAAAGUCACAUGCAAAGACGUCAUCCAGAAGAAUCUCAGAUUGCAGAGCAGAAGAGGAAAGCAAAGACAGACAAAUUGCAGGAUGAGAUUGAUAAACUGAAGGAGCAGUUGCAUCUCACCAAAUCCCAGUUAGAGGCUGAACAGCAGGCUAACAUGGUCAGGUUUUCUAAGGAAUGUGAACAGCAAAAAUCAAAAGAAGAAGAAAUUCUUCAGUCAUUUCAUAAAUGGAAAGAAGAGGAAAAAGAGAAAUUGGCUGAUGAAAUAGAAAAAGUGAAAGCGAUGUUUAUGAAAGAGCUUAAAGAGUUGUCUUCAAGAAAUUCAACGUUAGAAAAUCAACUGGUAGAAUUACAAAAGUCCAGUAUGCCACAAAAAUCCAACUUAGGGACACUGAAAGACAGCCAGGACUUUACAGAAGAGGAACCUCAGAGGCCUCAGGAUUAUCACAGCGUGGUCAAGCUUCUUGAAAAACAGGAAAAUAAGUGGACAUCUAGAAUACAAGCCCUAAAUCAUGCCCAUGAGACAGAAAAGUCCCUGCUGCUGUCACAGAUUGAGAAGCUUAAAUUAUCAGUGAGAGAAGACCUGAAUAAAAAUAAUGCCUUUUACAAGAGGAGGAUAGAAGAGUUGGGGCAGAGGCUUCAGGAGCAGAAUGAUCUGAUUAUUACUCAGAAGAAGCAGAUUAAAGAAUUGUCCACAAGAUCAGUUGCAAACAUUAAAGCAUAUGAAAGGAACACUACUGUAGAGCAUCUUCAAGAAUCUAAACCAAGUCUACAAGUGAUGCAUGAAACUGAGAGAGUUGAUCGUAAAACAAGUAGAAGUAACCAGUAUUUAUUAAAUGCUUUGAAGACUGAUCCUUCUUUAACUAAAAAAUUACGAGUAUUUUUGGAGCAAGCCUUGGAGGAGAAGCUGGAAUCUUUGGGAAUUAAAGCAGGUGUCCGUGGUAUCCCAAAUGAUCGCUUAAAUAAAAUUUUGCAUGCUAUUGAAUCUGCUAGAGAAUGCAAACAGAAGCAAGAGCCUGACUUUCACCGAAUUCGAGAGGAUCUUGAACGCCAAGUCAGCUUUAGGGCUGAAGAGAAAUCAUUGUCUUGUAAUAGACCUGUUUCCUCCUCUCAGCUUCCUUCAGAAGGUAAACAGAGGCACAAUCAAGUGGGAAUUUCCUCAUCUGCCACACCACGAAAACAAGUAAAACGCUCUGCAACUGCUGUCCACCCACCCGAGCAAAGACCAGCCAUCACUGAGAAUACCUCUACACCCAAAUCCACAAAGCUUUUGGAGAAUGUUGCUGCCAGGAAGACAUCUAGCAACACAACUCCACCAUUCAGUUCAGAAGAAGAAGUAGAUGAAGAUGACAUUAAACAGUCUUACAUAUCACCAGGAUUAUUGCAAAAACAGUCAAAAACAUCAAGCAGCAAAGUCAGUGUUCUUCAGAAGGCUUCUGGCAAAAGCAAUAUGGAUGGAACAGAAGAAAGCGAAAUUGUUGGAACUGACACACCUGCCGAAACUUCAAAAGGAACAGUUAUUCAAAAGCUGACAGAACAAGUUGGAAAGAGUCUUUCUAACCAUGGAAGUAAGAACAAACCAGCUGGAGGGGUUAAUGUUGCACAGGCGUUUAUAAAGAAAGAAGAGGUGAAAGAACUGAAGUUCACAGAAGUUGAUGAUGAUGAUUGGGAUAUAUCAUCAGUAGAAGAUGACAUUUUAUUGAUGAAAGACAAUAGAGGUCAGAAGGCAUUGACAGUUCAGAAAAAUGAGUCAAAUGCUACAUCUACGGUACAUGCAUGGGCUGUUCCGAAGACAAAUGUACCAAAGGAGGAAGGCCUUCAUGAAGCUGAUAACACAAGCACAUUAAAAAGCAGCUUAGUCACUGUAACAGAUUGGAGUGAUUCUUCAGACACAUAAUAACUCUGUUCCUGAUGGGAGGCACUACUUUUGGAUUCAUAAACUGUAUAUAAAAUGGUGAACAUUUUAAAGACAGUAUUUCCAUUUAUUAAAAUGUUUUUACCAUGGUUUACAAUAAACACCAAAUGGAAAGCUAAAAAAAAAA